AACUUAACAUAAAAAGUUGCUCGACCUUUACCUGGCGAGACGUUCUUCUUGUUCGUAUUUAUAAGCAACUUCUCUUUCUCAAUACCGUGAACAGGUUCCCAACUCGUUUGUUCUUCCAAUUUGUGAAGAGUCUUGUUGGAGAUAAUACAAGCAGAUGAUUAUGUAUGAGCAAGACCUUGGUGUUCUUCAUUGGGGUCUCCCUAUUCUAGAUGUUUGUUGUAUAUCCACUCGUGGUUCUCCUGGUAGUAGUAUUUAUUAUGACCAGGAUUUAUCUCGAGUUGAGUAUGUCAAUGAAGGCUAUGGUGAGACAAAGCAUGAUGAAGUGGAGAAUGAUGAGAUAAUUGCACGGGCUUUUCAGGAAGAACUAUCACUGCUUGCAGAUGCAAAAGCAUCUGGAUGUUCAUAUGCGGGGGAUAAAAAUUUGCAAGCAUCCAUUCUUACUCAGGAUUGGUUGGGUACUUCAAAGAGACAUUAUAGUUUAGGCACCAUGGAAGAACCAGCAGAGUGUGGUCAUGAUCUGGGAGACGUAGAUGAAAGGGAAGAAUCCAAUUCAUGUUCCAGCACGAAAGAAAAAGCAUUUAGUCUGGAGGACGGGUCAUACUUACCUGAGAUAGCAGAUGAGUCUACUCUUGAUGGUGAUGUAGGCAAGAGGUUGAAUCAGAUGGUUCCUGUUGCUCAUGUUCCUAAAAUUAAUGGAUAUAUACCCUCGGUUGAUGAAGAAACAUCAGAUCAUCAAAGGCUGCUGGACAGAUUGCGUUUGUAUGAUUUGGUUGAGCUAAAGGUUCAAGGAGAUGGUAACUGUCAAUUCCGUGCUUUGUCAGAUCAAAUUUAUCGUACUACUGAGCACCACCAAUUUGUAAGACAACAAGUUGUUGAUCAGCUCAAAUUGCACCCAGAAUUAUAUGAAGUUUAUGUUCCAAUGGCUUAUGAUGACUAUUUGAAGAACAUUAGCAAGUCUGGUGAGUGGGGUGAUCAUGUCACAUUGCAGGCUGCUGCAGAUGCGUAUGGUAUCAAGAUAUUUAUCAUAACGUCAUUUAAGGAUACUUGUUACAUCGAGAUUCUUCCACGCACUCAGAAUUCGAAAAGAAUUAUUUUUUUGAGCUUCUGGGCAGAGGUACAUUAUAACUCCAUUUAUACAGAAGGAGAUCUCUCUCCAUCAGAGAUGAAGAAAAAUGAGAGUUGGUGGAUGCUUUGAAGUUAGAAGCUUGAGGCCGUUGACCUUUUACUGCUUUCUGGCUCCUCUUAGGAGGGAUUUUGUUGGUUGGGUAGGUAACCAUUCCAUUGCUUAUCAAUGUCAUUGAUGAGAAAAUGGCUGGCUGUUGCAGCAGCAUGAUAAUAUGCAUUGGCAGCCUUUGUACAAAACAAUUUUCUUGUACUAAGACAUCUAGUCGGCCUUUGGGAUUGGCUUUUUAAGUGACUUUUAGGUUAAUUUUCAUUUGUUUUUAGUGAAUUUUUUUUAAUAAAGCUUGUGUAACUUCUUGUAGCCGUUUCAUUUUCAAUCAAAACACCUAUUAUUAUUUUUAUAA